AUGGCCAGCACUACAGCUACACAGAACGGCAUAGCCCAGCAUUCUGCCAACUAUGGUAGCAUUGUUACUCACCAUCCCAAGAAGCAGAAGGGCAUUACCAACCCACUGUCCCACGUACCUAACCCAGUCGCACACUACGACACCACAAUCUCCAAGCCAGUCCGCAAAUACCUAGGCACAUACGGCCUCUUCCCUCCCGAACCAGACACAUACGAGAUACAGAAGAAGCGUUGUCUAGCUCAACUACGUUCCAAGCAAACAAACAUUGGCAAAUUCAUAUAUCUUUCGCAGCUGAGACAUGCCAAUGUACAUCUCUUCUACAGAAUCCUUACGGACCACUUUACAGAGAUUACCCCUCUAGUAUACACCCCAGUGGUUGGUGAAGCCUGUCAAAGAUGGUCAGAAAUAUACAUGCAGCCAGAGGGUAUGUACCUGAGUUACAUAGACAAAGGAAACAUCGCAAACGUGUUGAAGAACUGGCCACAAGAGCACGUUGAGAUUACAGUUGUGACCGAUGGCUCUCGCAUCCUCGGUCUAGGAGACCUUGGCAUCAAUGGCAUGGGCAUCCCUAUUGGUAUUCGUCCAGAAGGCACUCUACCACUCACAAUUGACCUUGGUACAAGCAACAAGGCGUUCAGAGAAGACCCCAUGUACCUAGGAAGUAGAAGGGACAAAGUUUCUCCAGAAGAGGAGAUGGAGUUCUUGGACGAGCUGAUGGUGGCUUUGAAGGACAGAUGGCCAGAUAUCGUCAUUCAGUUCGAAGAUUGGAAGAACCCCUUUCCGUCACUUCAGCGAUACAGAAACGACUAUGCCAUGUUCAACGACGACAUCCAGGGCACAGGCGCUGUAAUUAUGGGUGGAAUGAUUGGCGCUGUACAGCAAUCUGGCGUUGCGGCGAAGGACCACAGAGCCGUCUUCCUCGGUGCUGGUUCAGCUGGUGUUGGUGUCGCUCAACAGAUUGUCGACUAUUUCGUACAUGAAGGCAUGACUGAAGAUGAUGCCAAGAAGUGUUUCUGGCUGGUGGAUAGUAAAGGUCUGGUAACCCUGGAUCGUGGCGACAAACUUGCUGAACACAAGGUCUACUUCGCCAGAGAUGAUAACAACGGUCAGCAACUCAAAUCUCUAGACGAGGUUGUUGACUACGUCAAGCCAACAAUCAUUAUGGGUCUAAGCACGAUUGGUGGUGCUUUCACUCCAGAAAUCCUGCAGAAAAUGGCAAAGCUGAACAACCGACCUAUCAUCUUCCCACUUUCCAAUCCAGUAUCCAAAUCAGAAUGCACUUUCGAGGAGGCAAUCGUCAACACUGACGGUCGCUGCCUCUUUGCUUCUGGCUCACCAUUCUACCCAUACGAAUACAAGGGAAAGACCUACCACCCUGGACAAGGAAAUAACAUGUAUGUUUUCCCGGGCAUCGGUCUUGGCACCAUCCUCUGCAAAGCUAUCAAAGUCACGUCCGGCAUGAUCUAUGCAUCUGGUGAAGCUCUACCGACCAUGAUCACAGAGGAGGAAAAGGAGCGAGCAUUGCUCUAUGCUGAAAUUACUCGCAUUCGAGAUGUCUCUGCUCGUGUAGCAGUCUAUGUCAUCCGGGCUGCUCAGAAGGACAACGUUGACAGAUUACAUUCCCUCCGGGAUAUGACGGACGAGCAACUCGAAGAAUGGGUCAUUGAGAAGAUGUAUGAUCCCCACAAAGCUAUUGAGGAUAUUGAGGACGAGCUCGACAGUCUGGCCAAAGACCUAGCACAUACCAGGAGCUUGAGCCAGGACAAAAAACAGUUGAAGCUGUAA